AUGGCUAGCCUCGCAUCCCCGCCGCGCCAUCUCGCUCUGCGCAACGCGCUGAAUGCCCUAGCGGCGGGGCAGGACAGCAACGCGCCUGCUCCCCUUGCACCCGGCGAGCAGGAGCUCUUCUCGUACUACAGGCCGAGCCUGGCAGCGGGCCAGUACACCAUCAUCGUCUCGCAGGACGUCGAGUCUCCCGCCCAAGCACCCAACCGCUCCCAUGGCUGGAUCGACGGGCAGACGCUCUCCCCCAAGCCUGCCACCUCGCAGUCCUUCCGCGUGAACGCGCCCCAGUUCGCGCUGCCGGAGAACGCGGUGCGCUCCAGGUUCCCGCCGGACGGCUACGGAGCGCCCGUCGAGACGCUGCCGCAUCUUGUCUUCAACGACCCGCACUUGCCGUGGGAGCGUGUCGGCAGCAGCGUGUCGAGCAAGGAUGUCAAGGAGCAUAGGAACAGCGUGCCGUGGCUCGCCCUACUGGUCUUCUCGCAGGAUGAGCUCGUGCUCACCGACAAGGAGCUGGCCGACAUGUUCGGGCAGUCGUCUAGCGUGGAGAAGCCUGUCAAGCAGUCUGCCACGUUCGAGGUGGCAGUCAAGGCCUCGGAACUGCGCCAGGUCCCAGGAACCGUGUUCCCCAUCACCAACAACAACGACCCGGAGACAGAGGACGCGACGGUGAAUGCAAUCUUCCUCAAGCCAGCACUCUUCAACGAACUCGUCAGGACGUACGGCGAAGACGGCAAGCCGGCCGACAAGCAGCAAAAGGCCGAUGUCAGUCGGUACAAAUACCUCGCCCAUGUGCGGAACAUCAACACGGCGGGCAUGCCCGAAGCAGGCAGGCAGGAGACUGGACUCUUCAGCGUCGUGCUGAGCCACCGCACCGGCCCGCUGGGCCUGACGGAGCCGGCGCCUGUCACCGUCCACCUGGUCUCGAUCGAAGACGUCGAGAACCUAGCCGUGUAUCCGGCGCCGGAUGGACAGCGGAUCGCCUUGCCCUCGCUGCAGAGCUGGACGUACAACUGCCUUCCCCCGAACGCGCCAGACCUCAGGUCGCAGAUGCGGCACCUCGGAGACACGCUCGAGAUGCUGCGGGUGCCCAAGCCCAUCCUCGACAAACUAUCGUAUUCAGGCGACGCAUCCAAAGUGAAGAUUGCAGACCGGUUGCGCGAUGGCUACACGUUGACGAGAUACCGGCUGCAGACGGGUGAGGUGUCGUCGGCAAUGCUCCGUGGCGCCCUGACGCCCACGUACGUCCCGCGCCCUCUGUCAGAGCGGUUCAAGUCGCUGUCGCUGGCGGGCAGUGACCUCGAGAUCUUCGAUCCGACUGUUGGCUUGAUGGAUCUCACCUACUCGGCUGCGUGGCAGCUGGGCAAGGCGUUGGCCAUCGCGGACCAGGGGUUCAGCGCAUCCCUGUCUCGCAUCCGCACGCUGGUCCACCAACGCACGAUGAACAACGCGAAAGCAAAGCUGCUUGGCGGGUCUCACUCGGUUGUGGACACGCUCAGAGCCAUCAGCGCGCCCCGGCCCGAUAUCCUCGUGAACAAUCCUAAUCAUAAUAUGCUGGAUCGAUGGAGGAGGCCGGAGCGCCAGCCUCUGGACUUGUCCCUUGGCAAUACAGUGCUGCAACAGGAGUUCAGUCAAGAGGCAGGCUCGGUCGUCAAAUUCUUUGCCGGCAGCUCGGACUCGGAUGGAGACGAGCUGUACAAUGAGCUAAACAAGCCCAACUCGACCGACUGGAUGACGUUGCUUACGUGGGUGCUGGACCGCAUGUACCUCGCCAACAUCCCCGCACACUAUCUUAUUCCCGAUCCAUCCUAUCUCCCGGCUGAGAGCAUGCGCCUGUUCUACAUCGAUGCAAACUGGAUAGACGCCCUGGUCGACGGUGCGCUGAGUAUAGGUCACCAUCUCGAGGAUAAAGACGACACCAUCCGGACAUGGAUCAAGAAGACAAUCAACAGGUACCUAUCAAAAGAGAUCCCCGGCGCCGGCUACCGGCCGCAGAUCCCGACCUACGGCUUCCUGAUGCGCUCCGACGUCGUGUCGCAGUACCCGGAUCUGAAGGUUCAAGCUCCUCUCACGCCCAAGUCGCCGUCGCCCGAAGAAGACCCCUCUGCCAAGCUGCCCGCAACGAUUUUGCGGCACACGAACAUCGCCGAAGGCGUCAAGCUCUGCCUGUUCGACCGGUACCCAGGCACACGCGACUUUGUGGAUUUGCACAGCCUCAGGUUUACCCAGCCGCCGCACCAGCAGUCGUUUGUGGUCGGGCCCCAUCUCGACGGCGCCUCCCUCGAAACGUCAUAUAAGCGCAUCUUUAGUCAGUUUGAUAAAGAUAACGAGUACAAGAAUCUAUGUGACGACGGAAAGUGGUUCAAGAACCUUACUGUAGACCCCAACAAACCGCCACCGCCGCCACCCAUCUUCCGGUGGGGAGGGCCGGACAAUGAAGUCAGGACGUUGAUCCUCGAAACCUACUCCGCAGAUGUCCUCGCGAAGCUCAAGGAUAACAUGCCAGCGGGCAAGUUCACGGACGACACGGCUACGUCGGCGAUGAUCGCGGUGCAGCUGAACAAACCGGUCUACAAGAUGGAUGUCAAGGCCGAUCCGGGUGGGAAGCCCCCGGAGACGAAGCCGGUCAUGAGCUUAAUGAUGCUAGAACCGAGAAGCCAGAAUAUCGCUGCGCAGAGUCUUCUUACGGGAUGGUCGCUGGACGAAGAGGAGGAAGAGGCUGAGAAGACUUUCAUGUUGCCUCCCCUCGAGGAUAGGCUCACACUUCAAUCAACGCCUGUGCAAGCAGCAGCCCCUCACUUCAGGUCCACGCAGGCUGCCUCUAUAGAGGAAAGCGAGCGAGUUAAAGUACUCAUGAUGACAACCCCCCCAGUCAUAUCACAACUACAAACAGCAGCACUUUCAAAGAGCGUCAGCCUCACAUCGAGCAUCCCUCAAGCUCUAGCCAUGACGCCAUUCGACGAGGCAGCCACCAAAACCGGACCAGCAAACAAGCCCAUAUUCAAGUACAGCCUCUACCCAAUCUCCACCCUAGAAGAGUCGGCGCUUGGCAUCCCGACCAACUCGCCAAUCAAGCAGGACCUAGUCUUCUCCAUAGUGCACACGAACCCAAAGCCCGGCCGCUUCCACCUCAGCGAGAUCAAGCUCGUCGUGCCCAAGGGCCCUCCCAGGACCGGCAGCGACGUCAAGCGGCUGAACCUGCUGAGCACGUACGCCGGCCCGGGUCCGACGAUGCUCAGCAACCUCCGGUUCAACGUGAUCGCCGAGCACAGCCCACAGUCGCUCACGCUGCGUGUGGUGCCCCGCAGCACGACUGGAUACGUGCACAUUGACUUUGUCAAGGAAGCGAGCUUUGUGCUCGGCCUCGUCGACGUGAACCCGUAUAGCGGCCGCAGAGAGUCGAGCCUGAUCUGGAGGGAGAAGUACGUAGAGUUUGUCAACGAGUUCACAGGCGAAUUUCCUAUAGUCCUGUAUGAAAAGCAGCCCGAUUAA